AUGGCAGCGCAUAGGACCGGUGCCAAAAGGACCAGCUCGACUCCGCCUUCAAACCCGGGCCCUUCCCCAACGCCAUCCGCCGCCUGUUUCGUCGAAAAAAGCCUGAGAACGACCAGUUUUCAUGAAAUCUUGUCAGCCUCGAUCUCUCUCCUUUGGUCACCAUUUCCGGCAAGCAAGGUAUGGAACCUAGUCUAG